AUGGCUUCAGGAAAAUGUGUCCACAAAGGAUGUGGUAAAGUCUUCGCAGACCCAGAAGAGCCUUGUGUAUACCACCCAGGACCGCCAGAAUUCCAUGAGGGCCAAAAAGGAUGGAAAUGUUGCAAACCCCGUGUCUUGACCUUUGAUGAAUUUCUUGAUAUACCACCCUGUACGACUGGGAAGCACUCAACCAUUGAAGAUACACCAACACCUGCCCCUCCGCCUGUGACCUCAGAAGACACCCUACCUACCCCUCCUCCUCCGAAACCUAUCUCUACCAUAGCUAGCAACGGUAAUUUAAGCACGCAGCCUGCGGUAGCCGCUCCAUCACCCGCAAGAUCGCCCGCCCCUCCGCCAGAGUCUGAAUCCGAUGACCCAUCACUGGAGAUCAAGCCGAAAGCCACUUGCAGGAGACGGGGCUGCAAUGUAACAUAUGACCCUUCGACAGAUCGGAAAGAUGAAGAGUGCGUCCAUCAUCCGGGGCACGCCCUAUUUCAUGAAGGGAGUAAAGGCUGGACCUGCUGCAAGAGGAGAGUGCUAGAGUUUGACGAAUUCAUGAAGAUCGAAGGUUGCAAAAAGAAGAAGCGACACAUGUUUAUUGGUAAGGGAAAAGCUGCGGGUGAAGAAAAGCUCGAGACUGUCAGGAGCGACUUCUAUCAGACGCCAACGACAAUUAUUGCAUCAUUCUAUCUGAAGAAGGUUGACAAGGCUAAAGCAAAAGUUGACUUUUCAUCUCCGACGACUCUUGACCUCGACCUGACUACAUCCGACAGCAAACGCUAUGUUGAAACUAUACCUCUCUUCGCAGCCAUUGAUCAAAAGACAUCACAGUUCAAGAUCAUGGGAACGAAGCUUGAAUUAACGCUGGUGAAAGCAGAUGGAAGUAGCUGGCCGGUCUUACGGAGUGAUCAAGCCAGAACAGGAGAGAUUAUCCAGGUUGGUCGACCAGGACGAGCCUGA